GAAAUAUUUAAAAAUGUAGCAAUUAUUACAAACAAAGUAUUUAUGAGUACGGUCGUAUCAUUUGUUUCGCGUCUCUUGCCCUACCAUAUCGGUCGACCAGAUUUGCCUAUUUAUUUGACACCACUAUGUUAUGCACCAGACUUUCAACACACAAAUCAGGCCUAUGUUAUAUUUCAACGCAUAUUUGAGACAUCGAUUUCCCAACACUGGGAUAAUUCAUUAGCCGACUAUUACUAUCAGGUCCUAGAUGAUAUAGGUGAUUUGUUGACACUGAUGAAAAGAUUGCAAGAGAGAUAUGAGGAGGGUAAAUCGCAAAUUCAACACAAAGUUCACAAUCACUUCGCUAAUAACAGCAAAUUGGGGGACGGGAUCGCGAGGGUGGAAAAGUUCCUUGCUGCCAAAUAUGUGAACAUAUAUUCAAGUUCCGAUGAAUAUGUGUCCGGACAAUAUCAGCCCAAGCAGUGGACUCACACCCUCCUGAGUUUACUAGUGAGCAUAGUAGCUUUCGAUAUAUUUGUCGGCAUAUUCAUCAUCCAAAUGGGCGCGUAUAUAGUGUCCAUG